GAAGAAGAAGAAGAAGAAGAAGAAGAAGAAGAAGAAGAAGAAGAAGAAGAAGAAGAAGAAGAAGAAGAAGAAGAAGAAUAGAAGAAGAAGAAGAAGAAGAAGAAGAAGAAGAUGCUUAUUUGAGAAACUCAAAUGUCUGAAUAUAAAUUGCAAGAUUCCGGAUUGGAUCACUCUCUAAGAUAUAGAUUUUUUCUUUUCUGAAAAGCUCCCAGGACACAUGGGCAGGAUCAACGAUGAAUAUUUACCGAGAAACUUGAGAAGACGAUUUACAAGUCGCUCGUGCAAUGAUGGAUUUUUAUACGUCACCUAGGUAGAAGAUAUAAAAAAAGAUAAGAAAGAAAAUAGAAAGUAAGAAAUAAGGAUAUUGGCCAAACUCCAAGAUGAAUACUUCAUAUCUUUUGGGAGAAGAUGAAGAUUGGGGACAACGAUAUUAUUUUACCUACUAUAGUGAAUUUGGUGAUAGGAAAGGUACCAGUGGUGUGGAGAUUUUGGUCCUCGCUGUUACGUUCGUGAUUGCAGUAGCCACUAAUUUGGGAAUGGCUACAUGCGUCCUGAGGUACAAGGAAAUGAGAACACCAACGAACUUAUGCUUGGUGAAUCUUGCAGCUGCGGAUCUACUCUUUGCUUUGGGCGUUCCUGCGGUCGCAUACACGAGAUUAACGCAGUCCUGGAAAUUAGGCGAUGCAGUCUGUAGAUUAAUUCCCUAUUCUCAAUUUGUUUGUGGUUUCGUUUUGCUGUGGACCUUGACAUUAAUAUCAAUGGAUAGACACAGGUGUUUGGCUGUUGCACCUUAUCGAAGCGCCCUGACUGUUCCUCGUGUGCUAGCAGCCGGUCUCACUACGUGGAUAAUAGCGGCUCUCGUUUUUCUACCUGCAGUCUUUUGGUUUAAAUCAAAGAUUGUGAAAGGAGGUAUAACGAUAUGUACUCUUGUUUUUCCAAGAAGCGAAAUAAUAAAUGUCUCUUUGUGCUUCACAAUUCCGAUUAUUAUAAUUGCCUGUUUGUUGCCAAUGGGACUUUUGGUUUAUCACUAUCAGAGAAUUUUUCAAAGUAUCCUGGACACCAGAAAUAGAUGGGCUGUCCCAUGUGUUGCACAGGAGGGAACCGGAAGGCGUGACUCGGAGCUUUCAGUGGUUGGGACACUGGUGCCAUGGGCAGGAAGGAAACUAUCCUCCUCUUCAGUGACAGGACGUCAGGGUCGUGCCGGAAGUCUGUCGCAACAUGAGGAAAUUCGUCUACACAAACAUUUACGCGUUGUGCGAAUUUUGCUGCUAAAUGUUGUUGCUGUUCUUGUUAUGUGGUUACCAAUAACAACUGUCAUGUUUCUAAUUUACCUCGAUGGCAGUCGACCAACAGAGGAUACAAAUUUCUUUUUGAGAUCUCAUCAUUUCAUUUGGACCUUAGUGAUUGCUCAAUUUAAUACUGUCGUGAAUCCUUUACUUUACGGUGUGUUUUCUGAAAAUAUUCGUGCAUGCUUCGUCAAGUUCCUUCAACGUAACGAUACAGCGAAUGGAAGUGGUGGUGGUGGUGGUAACAGUAACACGAGAAAAGGCGUCAAAUCAUUAGAGGUCUUACAAGAUCGAUUAGGUGGCGGGCCUAGAACUCCUAGAAGUUCAUCGAGACCACCUAAAAAAAGUUCAAGUUGCAGUAUUGGCAGUAUCAUUGAAGUUCCGAGUUCGGAGAAAAUGUGAAACAGGAAGAAAAUUUAGAACGACUUUGAGGUUAGGAGUACUCGCAUUUGCCUGGACCACCCGUCUAAUGGGUUUUCUCGCCAGUGUAGAGGGAAACUGUAGAAAACCCAGGAAGGAAUAGAGUAAGGAGACCGAACUCUGUGUAGAAAGCGCUUUAAAAAUCUCAGAGAAAUAUGCACGAAAAGUGCCAGCCGUAUUCUCGAAAGCAUUCGACAAUUCUCGCAAGCGUAAAAUGUCGAAUGGUUAAUGUCGCAUGCGACUCUGAAAGUCUAUUCUCAAUGACCGUUCGAGAUAGGUUUUAAUAUUAGCAUUUGUAAAUUGAGAAUUUUCUACAAAAAUGUUAAGAAACUGGAAUAUGUAAUAUUUUUUUUUUAAAGAAAAG